AUGGCGACAGCAAGCAAAGUACAGCUGUCUACAGACAACCAACCCGAAUACUAUCGCUCGGGAAUCUCCAAGGAACAGGCCCACAAGGUCUCGGAGCUGCUGCAACACAAUCACGACAAUUAUCACAUCUUCUUCCAUCCCGACGGCCUUCACAACCACGUCGUCCACCAUCAGCUCGCCAUCUGGGCACUCAACGCUUCUCCACAGACACUACAAAAGGCGUACGACAAGGACAAACAAUCCCAACGUCCGAAAGGGGAAGUCGACCACGCAGUCUUGGAGCACAUCACCAACGACCCCUCCACCUUCACCAAACACCUCGGCGUGCGCGAUCGAUAUCACACCUUCCUCCACUUCUUCCGCAACGAAAUCCACCAGCACGGAUGGCAGGACGUCUUGCAGAAAUUCGUCUUCGCCGGAGAUGAGCGAGCAGACGAUAUGCUAGCACGAAUGUAUGGCGGCUUCUUGCACCCCAUCAUCCAUCUGGGCUACGGCAUCGAGUUUGCCCAGCCGGCCAUCAUCGCCGAAGCGCUUGCCCAAGCUGCAUGUCACGAGGCCUGGAUCGCCGACUUUCUGCUUCCCGCCGACAAGAAGGCUUCCGAGCUGCGAAGCAAGACCCCAUCGAAAUCCAUCGCCGACUUGCUAGACGAAAUCCACGACGACGACAAGCUCAAGGUCGCCGCGCACUGGGAGGACGGCAACAAGAUCCGUGACGGCAUUAUCCCGCGCGCAGGCGCAGAGAUGAUCGACUACGCGGCCCAAUUCCACGUCCGCACCGACGAGCUGGAAGAAAAGACGGCCGAAAUGACCAAUGCCGUCUGCCUCUAUACUGCCGGCGCCCAGCACCCGCCCAAUAUCGUCAUGUACGACUUCUACUUCAUGCACUGCGUCAACGCCUCCAUCUUCUUCUCCGCCUUCCUCAAACAAACCUGGCUCAGCGACGCCAACAAGGCGCGCCUCCUCGAAUGGAAGGUGCGCAUGGACCUCGCCAUGUUUGCCUCUAGGCGCUGUCCCGACAUGCGGCUCGACGAGAUUCGAAGCUAUCAACCCAAGCAACCGUCGGGCUGGGAGGAGAUCGCGGAUCGUGUUUGCCAAUUCUACGACGACGGCCACGCCGCGAAGCUGGUUCGCGCGCUGGCUCAUGGACAGAAGAUUUGCGCGCCGUAUGAAGACAAGGCACACUUUAGAGUGAAGUAUGAUGACUGGUUGCAAAUGGGCCACAUGGCAAUUGAUUCUGUCGAAAACACGCGUCGUUUCCAAGAUAUGCCGACCUGGAUUCGCUCUGCUGGCUUCGAGGAAGCGUGGGAGAAGAUUCCAUUGAGAGCACAGCUAUAG